CAUAGUGCUUAUUUAGCCUUUGUCAAAGUCGGUUCAAUUUUAUCUUUCUGCAUAUAAUUUGUUUUAAAAUGCUGUCCGGUUGUAAAUUUAUAGUUUUUCUAUUUGUUAUGUUGACUUGUCAUGAGCUAUGUUAUUCGACAAUACCGGAGUACAUCCAAGUGUGCAAGCGCGAUCAGGAUACGGUAAACGAGUGCGUGCGCGACUCCAUUGAGAAGCUGCGACCAAAGCUGGUGGAGGGCAUUCCCGAGCUCAACGUGCCUAGUCUUGAUCCAUUCUAUAUUAAGGAGAUAACCCCACCAGUGGGAAGCAACAGCCGAGCAUUCCAGGCUGUGGGCAGGGACAUCAAGGUUUCUGGAGCUGGCAACUUUAGCAUAAAACUUGUCGAGGUUGAUCUAGAAAAUUUAACGUUCCGUACCCGUGUUCGAUUCCCACGGUUGCAUUUCGAAGGGAAAUACAAAGUGGACGUACAAUUUUUGCUGCUGCCCAUCCGCGGAGAAGGAACACUAGUCGCAGAUGCAAUUAAAUGCAACGUUGAUGCGGUUAUGAGAAUUAAAAUAGUGGAGAGAGAUGGCGUCGAAUACAUUGAGUUUACGGGCAUCGACACAGACAUUACUAUAAGGGACUACAAGAUCAAACUCGAGGGUCUUUUCAAUGGAGAUAAAGCUUUGGAAGAUGCAACAAAUAUGGCACUGAAUGAAAACAAAGCUGAACUUCUGAAAGCGGCUAAACCAUUCGCUGAGAAAGGCGUAUCAACUAUUAUCCUGGACGCAGCUAAUAAAAUAACAAAGAACAUACCUUAUGAUGAGUUGUUCCCUAAACCGUAACUUUAUUUGUAAUUGUUAUGUUUGUUUGUAAUAUAAAUUUUUUACCUCAUAUUUAUAUUUAUG